AUGGUUAAAAGAGACAGAGAGCCAGAAUCGGGCGUCAAUGACACUGAACAGGGUCCUGUGGCCGUGGGGGCGAAUCACAGAUUUCCAAAAAAAGCCCAGCUGACCUCUCAGGACGUCCAGGUUGCCCGAGAAACGGCUGAACUGUUCAAAUCCAACAUCUUCAAGCUCCAGAUCGACGAGCUUGUGAAAGAACUGCGUCUCAAGGAGUCGCACUGUAAGUUGAUAGAGCGUGUUCUUCACCGACUGUACGAGAUUAUUCAGGGUAUCCCUGCCUCAGAGGCAUUUUCUUUGGAGGAAGCUGAGAACUAUUUGAAAAAGUCGAGAAAUGAGGUUGCAAUACCGUUUCCCGAUCCCAGGCCUACCUCAAUCAACUACAAACUACAAUACGAAUGUCCAACAGAUGUUUCAUUGGUUGGAUCGUCUGGCUUGAAGACUGGCAUCCAGCAGCCGGAUGGCAUGGCUGUGGACGUUUCUCUCACCAUGCCUAAGUCCAUGUUCCAGCCAAAAGAUUAUCUAAACUACAAAGCUCUCUACAAAAGAGCUUUUUACAUCGCUUACCUUUCAGACCAGCUGAUCACGCUUUCGGCGGAAAAUCACCUGCCAGUGAGAAUUUCCUACGAGUAUGUCAAUGGAGAUAGCUUGUGUCCAAGCAUCAGGAUAGACAGCGUCACGCCAGAAAAAGUUCACGACAACGAUCUAAUAUUUGAGGAUACUAACUUCAGAAUCAGGCUUCUGGUCGGAUUUGAGUACGGGCUGUUCGAGAGCAAAAAACUUCUUCCGGACAGAAACUGUGUUCGCAUUCAGACGGACGACGAGCUGCCUCCAACGCCUUUGUACAACUCCUCCAUCCUGUCGUCCACAACCUACAAAUAUUAUCUCAAGUAUCUCUACGCCACCAAGAAAUCCACGGACUCCUUUCGAGAUGCGGCUGUACUUGGGAAGCUCUGGCUCAAACAACGGGGAUUCGGCUCCCACUUUAAUAAAGGCGGUUUCGGACAUUUUGAGUUUGCGGUGCUGAUGGCUGCACUUCUGGCAGGCGGUGGCGAGAACGGAAACAAGGUGCUGCUGCACGGUUACUCUAGCUACCAGCUUUUCAAAGGUACGGUCAAAUAUCUAGCCACGCAGGACCUGGUCGACGAGGGAUAUCUCUCCUUCAGCUCUGUUGUUGGCGAUAAUAGCUCGGUUUACAAGAAGGGUGGAUUCAACAUCCCAACUCUGUUCGACAAGACCACCAAAAUCAACAUUUUCUGGAAAAUGACGGCUUCUUCUUACCAAGCACUAAAGAAACAGGCAGCUGAGACUCUGGACCUUCUGAACGAUGUUGUGCAAGACCGCUUCAAACAGACGUUUAUCUACAAAAACACACAAAAAUAUUUGCAAUACGACAUGCUUGUGUCUGUUCCAUUGAAAGAUUUGAAGCAGCAGGAGAAAUUCGGACCUAUAGAGAAAAUCACUUUCUUGACAUACGAAAAUUAUGUAUGCAGCAAAGUCCACAAGCUGGUCUCGCGUGCACUGGCUGAAAGAGCUUCACAUGUCGUUGUCAGACUUUCCAAUACAGAGGACAAGUGGAGCAUUCAAAAGAGACAUCCUGAUGCACAGGACAAAUACGUUGAGAUUGGGCUGUAUUUGAAUGCCACUGAGUGCGAAAAGAAAAUUACCAAAGGUCCUCUACAUAAUGACGAGGAGAACGCUAUCCGAUUCCGCUCCUUUUGGGGUGCAAAAGCUCAAGUCAGAAAGUACAAAGAUGGAAAUAUUCAGUACAGCUGUCUGUGGCCAGCUAAUGAGCUCACCGUGGUGUCUAUCCUGAAAUAUAUAUUCGAGCUCCAUAUCAGCUCCAGCGCAAGACUCGAAUUCAACACAGACAGGUUUUGGAAGAUGCUGCCAGUGCCACUGACGUCGAACUCAAUGCAAUUAAUUCCGUCCAAUUUCCAGCAACUGAGAAACUCGUACUCCGAACUGUGCAAGGUGCUGAACAAAUUAGACCUCCCGCUGAGCAUCAAGUCCAUUUUGCCAGCCUCGCCCGCUCUGCGAAACACUUCACUAAUCCUGCCCGUUCCCCACGCUGUGUCGAACCCAGACUUUUUCAGCGAGUCGAUUCUCCAAUUCGAGUCGUCCACAAAAUGGCCGGACGAGCUGCUUGCUCUCGAGCAGACAAAAACUGCAUUCCUCCUCAAAAUCAACGACUACCUCGCCAAAAACACAAACUACAAGUCCUACUUGGAAGAAGAUCGCACUUCCGUUCCUUACAACACCGAGAUCAAAGUACUUCGCGUGCUCACGCCAGACGGGUACGGAUUUAGCUUCCGUGUUUUGACCGAACGUGACGAGGUGCUGUAUCUUCGUGCUAUCGAGAAUGCCCCCGAAAAGCAACGCAAAACUGUCGCAGACAUUUAUCUGGCGUUCAAUCAGAAGUAUAUGGGCUCAGUCAAGCACCACCGGGCCAUCGCCUCUCUGAGCACGUACUUUCCAUUUUAUUCUGCCACCGUGCGUCUUUUCAAGCGCUGGCUCGACGCCCAGCUUCUUCUUUCCCAUUUCAACGACGAGCUUGUGGAACUCUUGGUGAUGAAGGUGUUUGUGGACCCUGCCCCCUACUCUGUUCCUGCAAGCGUCGAGGCAGGCUUCCUUCGCACUUUGCAAUUUCUAAGCCAAUGGAAUUGGAAGGACGACCCGCUUGUUCUUGACCUAGCAAAAGAUCUUGAGAAAAGUGGAAACUACAUUGACCUCGUCUCGGAAAAACUGACUGUCCGUACUUACCAGUCGAUUACCGGGAACUUUAGCAAACUCCGCAAGGAGGAUCCGCAGGCUAUCAAGACACAGCUAUUUGUUGCCUCCAAAGAGGACCCGUCGGGGAAACUGUGGUCGUUUGGGCUUUCUCUGCCUAUUGCAACAAGAUUGACUGCGCUCAGUAAGGCUGCGGUGGCCGCUGUUAGCAGGACGCUUAACCAGAGAACUCUCAAACUUAUUUUCACUCCAGCCCUGAAAGAUUAUGAUAUUGUGCUGAAGAUCAAGACGCCUAUCGAACUUGCCUCGAAAUCUGGCAUCUUGCCGGAGAACAAGUUCAAAAAUCUGGUUGCCCCGUCGUUGGUGGCCUCCGAUGACAUUUCUUCCGAACAAGACCCUGUUCCUGCGUUCUGUGACGAGUUGAGGGCUCGUUUCGGUAACGUGAUGCUCAUUUCGUGCGGGAAGUAUACUGGACUUGGCAAAGAGGGCCGUUGCAACGUUGUGGCAGGGAUACUGAACCCAGUGGUAGGCAACUCUAAGAAGAAGUUCCGUGUCAACGUUGGCUACGACGUUGAGCCUACCGAUGACGAGCAGCUAAAACUUAAUAAACACUCUCUGCUCAGUCAGAUCUCGCUCUUGGGCGGUGAUCUGAUUGAAUCUGUAGACUUAAAUAGGUGGGAAUAA